AUGAUGUCUGGAAAAAGAAAUCUGACUCGUGAAAAUUUAGAGCAAGUCUUAAACUUACCUGAAGAGGAAUCUAUCAUGGCGAAAUUCUUGAGAGACAACCAAAUUCAUAAUAUUGCGGAACUACAAGAAAUCCAAGAAAACAUGCCUUUAGCCAUGAUGUAUUAUAACCAAGAAGAACAAAGUGAGCCUUAUCUCUUUCGUAAAAUAUCAUCUACCUCCACAGUAAAAUCAGUCUAUUUUGAUUCAAGCAACACAAACUCCUCGCCCUCAAGCCUUUCAAGUGAUACUUUAGAUCAUGAUAUGAACAUUUUACUUAGUCUCGGAUUAGAAGGCAGAGUUCAUUUUAAUAUAAUGCUGGCUGGAGAUUCUGGCUUAGGGAAAUCUACUUUUAUUCAGACCUACCUUGCACUCAAAUUUUUUGACAUCUCCAGCUCUAUUUUUCAUGAAGACAAAGGAAUUUAUCCAGCCACAAAAGAUAUUACCCAUAAUCAAGCUGUAAAAACAUUGGAUAAUCUGACUUUGCUAGUUGAUAUGGUUGACACCCCUGGCUAUGGUGGUGAUUUCAAAGACAUAAAAGCGUGGAUCAAUUACAUCGAGAGAUUCCUGAUCACACAAAUCAAGUUAUUUUACAAGCGAAAUUCUUCAAACCCAGAAACAAUUAAAGACGACACAAGGAUUCAUCUUUGCAUGUAUUUUGUUGAGGGUCCAAAAUUGAAGGAAAAUGAUAUUUAUGCAUUAAAAAUCUUGCAAAAAUACGUAAACGUUAUACCUAUUCUAGCAAAAGCAGACAUUUGCACUAUUGAAGAAAUAAAAAGAUUUAAGAAAAACAUUAUCAAGCAGGCUCAAUAUGAAGAUAUAGUUUUUUUUGAUUGUGUAAGCUGCUUAGGAUCUUUGAAAGAUGAACUGUUUUCUGGGCCGCUAGGAUUAUCUCCGCCAUUUGCAAUCAUUUCUGGGAUAACCUUAGUAGAGUUGAAUGAAAGAUGUAUUUACGGACGACAAUAUCCUUGAGGAAUCGCAGAUAUGAACAACCCCAGACACUGUGACUAUUUAUUGUUCAAUAGAUUUUUAAUUGGCUAUUUUCUGCAGUCAGCAAUAAAAAGCACCAAGAUUUUGUCUGACCGUGUAUUUUUGGAGCAAAGCCAAUUAAAAAAGCAAAAGAAAGAAAGUGCUAAGCAACAAAAACUAGCAAGCAGAAUAGGAAAAGCAGCUAUCUUCCCGUUGGCAGCAGCAGCACUAAUCGGCUAUUUCAGUCUCAAAAAGCGCAUGUAA